ACUCUAAAGCGGAGCGACGAGGAAGAACAGCUGAACUGUGUCGCACGUACCUUUCAUCCCAUCGACGGCUGGUCUUUGAUUAUUUGCUGACUUCCAAAAAUGGUCCGACCACAUUUUGGACCACCACGCUUGAAGCCCAGACCAUAUGGAGAUGGUCAUGGCAUUGGGUCGAGUCAAGGGAAUUACAACCCCAACCCCAACUCCAAAAGUCGAAGAGAUGCCCAAGGCUACCCAGUAAAGGCCCCUUUUAACUGGAGAGAAUCCAGAGGUAGAGGACGACCCCCAGUUGUCAAGAGAGUGCCACUGAUGGGAGAGCAAAGGGAGCCACGUUUCAAUCACUGGAGGUCGCCGAAUCAGGAUUCCUUUCAGUCAUACCCUCCCAAAAUGGAACCACACCAUAGCCAGAGGAGGUCUUCUCCAUCUAGGCCAAACCGCUCCCCCCACAGCCAGCAUCAGUCAUCCUCUCGCAGCCCUGCACAAGGAUCCCCCGGUCAAAGGGGCCCACCUUUCCACGGUCACCCUUCAGGUCCCAGGUCACCCUCCCCAAGGCAUUUUCGUAGCCACCCAGCUGAUAGGAGGCCAGGCUCCACACAACCCUACCAGGGGUCUUUCAGGGGCCCCAAAAGGCAGUCAGGUUCUCCCCAUCAGGAGCAGCGGAGUCGAGAUCCUCGUGGGAGUUACAGUCCCAGAGAAAGGCCCUAUGAGCACUCAGGUCAUGGCAUAAAGCGCUGGAAUGAGACUGGAGCUUUCUCUCAUCCACACAAUGGAGAGCACAGGCCCUCUGGGUCACAAAGGAGCCCCAGAGAGAUGCAUGGGAGAGGCCCAUGUCCAGAGAGGUGGUCAUCAGAUCAAGACUCCAGGCGGCAGCGGGGUCCGGUGGAGAGGCAGGGCAGCAGAUCGCACAGUAGAGAGAGGGCACAAGAUGUCCCUCACCUGCCCCCUUUCAGACCCCCCUCAUGGAGAGGAGGCCCACCACAGCCAUCAUCCUACCACAGGAGUCCUCAAGAGGGGCAAGUGGCAGGACCCCGCAAGAGGAGGAUAUCAGACAUCAGCAUGCCCUCCUCAGACCCUGCACUGGUGCAUGGCAAUCCAAAACAACCCAGGAGAGAGAGAGCUCAGCUGCUCAGUAUUCCCAGGCCAUUUGGUGGUAAACCAUUGUCUCUUAGGGAUAAAGGUUACCUAGUUAAGAGCAGACAAAUCAGAGCAGAGUCUCUCAUGCGGCUCAGAAUACCUCCAUCGGUGAAACCCAGGCCUCGCCUGGGCGACUCCACCUCGCGGGGGAAUGUCAACUCUGUUCUUGCUAUGAGGAAGAAACGUUUCCAGUCAAAUCCCAUUCCCCUGAAAAAACUGGAACCAAGGAGGCCAAAACCACAGCAGUCACCCCCCAGGGAAGAAGGCAAUGGCAACAAGUCUCCAAGAGACUCUGACACAGGCAAAGAACAGGUGGAGUCUCGCCGGUCCUUGAACACACACAGAUCUUCUCCCAUAGAGAAACGUGACCUUGUCGUUUUGUCCCACUGGCCACCCGGGCCGAGCUCCUCCAAGGACGGUUCACCUCGGAAAGAUCACAGCCCAAAGUCAAAGACAGACCGCAGUUCAGAUAUAGACAGUCCAUCGAACAGCCGACUCUCAAAGACGAAUGAUUCCAGAUCCCCGCCUGACGACCGAAAACGGGGAUAUUUGGAUAAGAGGAUGUUCAGCAGGCCAUUUAAUCCGAUGCAGGACAGCCACAGAUCUGGGAGGCCUUUCAGGAGACCACCACCAGGACCGAUGCAGAGACCAAAGUUCACCGGUAGUCCAAGGAAGACAGGUCCUGAACUGUCGGGAAAUGUAAGAAGACCACUCAUGGAGAGCUUAGUGCCACGCCCCUUCCCAAAUCAGAGGCCAGUGUUCAGAAAAAGUCAGAGUAUCAUGUCUAAAUACCGCAACAUGAGAGUGAUGCGUCAGCGCGUGCCGUACAACCGAGGACCCAACCAACAACGCUGGUGAUGACCUCAAGGUCUCACAUUCUGCAGACGUGACACUGGAAAACGUGGAAAAAUCUCAAGCUCUUUUCCUCUGAGUGGACUGCACAAACCCUUCUCUCACUACAAUCCCAACCUGCCUGUAAAUUAUGCAAGUGUUGUUGCUUACAUUUGUUCUCUGGUACAAGUUUUUCAGUUGCAUCUUUGAAGUACUGCAGUGCUUUGUUUUAGAAUGUAUGUAACACAUGCCAUUCUAUUUACUGCCCUGCUUUUUUUCUGGUGUAAUUUGAUUUGGGAUUUGCUGCUUGUGAUCUUGGCAGUCUGCUUUUUUUUUUUUUUUUUUAAAUAGACUGCUUUUUUUUUUGCUUGUUUUACUUGUUUACAGAGAACAAUCCAGGUUCCAAGUUUGUUAAGUCCAUGAAAUGUUUACUUUAACAUCUCCUCGUUAUUGUUUGUAAAGACUUUUCACGAGAUGUCCUAUUUGAUUAAUCAUGGGUGUUUUGAUUAGAAACCAGGGCUUGUCAACUGACACUUAGUUACAACUUGUAAAACUUGUAUAAUCACAUGUUCAGUUUGUUUGAGACUUGAAAUAAAAUUGGAUUUAACAAUCUGUA